CGACAAGGCUCGACGGUGUAUCAGGCUGGGCGGUCAUUCCCAAUAGCUAACAUCAGGCUCGUUAGGCCGACUUGUAGCCAUUGGGCUCAGUCUGCCUCGCGCUGACGCUGCACCCAUGCAAGGCGAACAGGACUUGCCCACAUUUGGAAGAUGCCCACACCGCCUGAGGUUACGACCCCGACGUCGAUGAAGGCCCUCUUUAGACGGAACCAGGCUUCACAACGAUUCCCAGAUUGAGUUGGAUCUUCUUUCAGUGGCACCCAAAGAGCGUCUCAGCCAAAUGGCACCCGUGUCAAGUACUGCUACCUUGUCGCCAGCUCGAUCCGCUACUCCUCCGACCCCUCCUACCGCUCCUAUCAGCCUGAUAUCACUGCCAGCAGGCACGCUGCAGGGCUCAGUCCAUGCAUCGAGGCCGACUUCGGUCGUCUCACCAACUCUUCUACCGACAGCAAGCACCAAUGCUGCUCCUGCUCCUGCCACUGCCUGCGCUUCGCAAACGACCCCUACCCAGCCACAGCAAGCCACACGGACUAUUUGGAAGACCAUAGCUCGCAAGCAGCCGUGCGGAUGUAUAUCGAUAGAGACCAGGAAGUCUCUGGGAGCGUGGAUAUAUAAUAUGAUCAUGCUCGCAUUAACUGCAGCGGGCCUUGCUAUGGUAUAUGUUGAGAACUCCCGUGGAGCAUGGACGGCACAGAAGGAUUUUCGCGAAGAUUGUUUCAACCAGAAACAAGUAUUCGGCAACUGGUCCACGACAUGCCAUCAAACACUCUCAGAAGACCUGAGUCGGCCUCCCCUGUUCACCAGGUCACCCCUCCAUAGGAGAACGAUGGAGCAUAAUUGGUGUUUGGCCAUUCCACGCCCAUCUAUUGUGACAUUGGCUGAAGUGCCUAUUGUGUUACUGGUGAUGUUCCCAGCCAAAAGCAGAUGUCUCUCCGCCCCAUGCAGGCUCUAUCAAAGAGAAGGGUCGAAAAGAAACAGAUCUGUUCCAGCUCUGCUUUCACAGGCUUGGAACUACAGCCUCAAAGCGGCGUUUGUCGUGGUCUGGAUUGGAUAUGUCAUAUCGAGUCCCUGGCCCUCCUAUGGUUAUGCUGCCAAGGUAGAAUUGGCAUCUACUUUCUUCUCAUCUUGUGUUGCUAUAUUUAUACCUGACUUUCUCUCCAUAAUGGGACGGGGCUCCUGCGCCAUAUGCGAGGACAUGGCAUGAACGGAUCCUGGGACCAAACCAAUAAAAUAUCUUGAGCGCUUGGAUGGUUUCCUGCCGCGCGCGAUUCACACCGAAUCUAUAUAAGGAACGAAUAUUCUUCGUGGGGCCAAAGGAUCUGGUCUAGGUCGGCAUGUCGCGUAAUCCAUGGCGUGGGGAAUGCAUCAGCACUGGGCUUCGAGGUAUAUUUGUGUCAAAACGUCGCGCAGGUGGAUGUAGGGAUAAGCCGAAUGAUGUCCCUCCGAUCUCUACGCCUUCGGCAGGUAUACAUAUCCUGACGGAUGGAUAUUAUGCUGGCACCUGCAAGUGGCCGUCGCCGAUGUAAUCCUCUGAUAGAGAUGUGUUGACAAGAUUGCUGUGAGUCAGGUCGCCUCCGUCACAAGCGACGAGAAGCUAUACGGGCGAGAGAUUUCAAAAGUG